GCACUAGCGCGUAGUAGCACCCCGUGACCUGCCCAGCGAGCUGCGGUUAGGUACUGCUCCACAGCGGCAACAGCAUCAACGACGCAAGCUCCAGGUGCCUUGGUUCACCACAUCCACACACACACACCUCUUCACUGCGCUCUGCUACUCAAGCUCGUUGUUAAUACGCAACAAAUCCCAGAGCAAAUCAUUUUUACCUCUUCCAGCUUUCUUCUCUCUGUCUUUUGUUUCCCUCCUAGACAUAGAUUACUACUGGCCAUUGAGGCUCACUCGCGCGAAUGGCGAAAGAUGGCCAGAGCUCAGCCGCUGCUGAGAAGGGAAAGGGCAAGGUGGAUGACGUUCGAGAUCUGAACGGACAGAAAAAAGAUGCAAAGGAUGAUAAGACCUCGAAGAAUGGAAAGAAGGACGGCAAUGAGGACGAGCUUCAAGAAGAGGAGCUCAAUGAAGAAGACCUGGCCCUUAAGAAUGAACUUGAGAUGCUUGUUGAGCGGCUGAAGGAACCAGACACCUCCCUUUACCGUCCUGCGUUAGAUGCCAUCAAAAACUUUAUUAAAACAUCCACCUCCUCUAUGACCGCAGUACCAAAACCUCUGAAGUUCCUCCGACCACACUACGAUGAGCUUAGCGAGCUGUACGAGAAGUGGGCAGCAGGAUCUGACAAGGACUCUCUCGCAGAUACGCUCUCGGUUUUGGGUAUGACGUAUGGCGUGGAAGGCAAGCUAGAAACACUUAGAUAUCGUCUUCUGGCCAAAUCUUCUGCUGAAGAUCUGGGCUCCUGGGGUCACGAAUAUGUUCGGCACCUUGCGCUGGAGAUUGGACAGGAAUAUCAAAAUCGGCUGUCAGAAGACAAAGAUUGCAGCGACCUCGUUGAAUUAGCUUUGUCCCUCGUCCCAUAUUUCCUCACACACAAUGCCGAAGCUGAUGCUGUCGACUUACUCAGCGAACUCGAGAUGAUUGAGGAGAUUUCGAAAUUUGUUGAUGAAAACACAUACCAAAGGGUCUGCCUGUAUAUGGUCAGCAUGGUCAACUUGCUCACCUACCCUGAAGACCAUCAGUUCCUCCACACCGCGCACGAUAUUUACGUUCGAUACAAUAAGCUCACCCAGGCUAUUGUCAUCGCUAUUCGUUUAAACGAUGUUGACCUCAUCAAGAGUGACUUUGCGGCUACAGAUGAUAGAGCGGUCAAGAAACAGAUGGCGUUCUUGGUCGCUCGACAACAGAUCUGGCUGGAUUUGCCAGAAGAAGAGGACGACCAGGAGUUGGCCGAAUGUCUCAAUAACACCCAGAUCCCUUCUCACUUUAAAGCUCUGGCCAAGGAACUUAACAACCUCGAUCCGAAGAUGCCGGAGGAUAUUUACAAGACACACUUGGAAAACAGUCGAGGUGCGGGUUUGACAAAUGUUGACUCUGCACGACACAACUUAGCCAGUGCAUUUGUUAAUUCGUUUGUAAAUGCUGGCUUUGGAAGUGACAAGAUGAUGUUGGUUGAAGGUGACAAAAGUCCGUGGGUUUGGAAGACAAAAGACGACGGUAUGCUGUCUACAACUGCUUCGCUGGGUAUGCUAUUGCACCGAGAUGUCGAGAGUGGCUUGGACAAAAUCGACAAGUACAACUACGCUAAGGAAGACCAAAUUAAAGCAGGUGCUUUGCUUGCGAUUGGUAUCCUCAACUCCGGUGUCAGGAUUGACACCGACCCUGCCAUGGCUCUCCUAAGUGACACAGAAACGAUCGAAAACAAAAGCAUUCCGAUGAGAAUUGCCUCUAUCAUGGGUCUUGGCUUGUCCUAUGCCGGCUCAAACAAGGAGGAGCUCUUGGAAAUUUUGUUACCUAUCGUGGAAGAUUCCUCUCUCGACAUGCAACUCUCUGCUAUGGCUGCUGUGUCCUUGGGUAUGAUUUUUGUUGGCUCGUCUAACCACCAGGUCUCUGAAGCGAUUGCCACAACACUGAUGGAUGAAGAGCGACAGAAGCAGCUGAAAGACAAGUGGACAAGAUUCAUGGCACUGGGUCUAGCCCUUCUAUACUUUGGACGGCAAGAAGAAGUCGAUGUUAUUUUGGACAUUCUUAAGGCAGUGGAUCAUCCAAUGGCCAAGCCGACAGCCGUGCUUGCUUCGGUCUGCGCCUGGGCUGGUACUGGUACCGUUCUGAAGCUUCAAGAACUUCUCCACAUCUGUAAUGAUCACCUCGAAGAUAAGGAAGAAAAGAAAGGCGAUGAGCUCGUGCAGUCCUAUGCUGUUCUCGGAUUGUCUCUCAUUGCUAUGGGAGAAGAUGUCGGUCAAGACAUGAUUUUACGACAAUUCGGGCAUUUGAUGCAUUAUGGUGCAAGCAACAUCCGAAAAGCCGUCCCACUAGCAAUGGGACUUGUCAGUCCCAGCAACCCACAGAUGAAAGUUUAUGACACGUUAUCACGAUACAGUCACGACAAUGACAAUGACGUUGCUAUCAAUGCAAUCUUUGCCAUGGGUUUGACUGGAGCUGGUACAAACAAUGCUCGUUUAGCACAGUUAUUAAGGCAGCUGGCUAGCUACUACCAUCGUGAUCAGAAUUCUCUCUUCAUGGUCCGCAUUGCUCAAGGGUUAUUGCAUAUGGGUAAGGGCACUGUCUCUGUCAACCCAUUCCAUACAGAUCGCCAGGUGCUUUCACGGGUUGCUGCUGCGGGUUUGCUUACUGUUUUGAUUGCAAUGAUUGAUGCAAAACAAUUCAUCCUCGCCGAACACCAUUAUCUUCUUUACUUCCUCAUCACAGCAAUGCACCCCCGCUUCCUUAUCACGCUUGACGAGGAUUUGCAACCUCUUAUUGUCAAUGUACGUGUUGGUCAAGCCGUGGAUGUGGUCGGCCAGGCCGGUCGCCCCAAAACCAUUACAGGAUGGCAAACCCAGAGCACGCCUGUACUGCUCAGCUACGGCGAAAGAGCCGAGCUAGAAGAUGAACAAUACAUCCCUCUCAGCAGCACACUCGAAGGACUAGUUAUUUUGCGCAAGAACCCCGAAUGGGAGAGCUCGACAUAAAUGCGUAUUAAAUAUACGGGUAAUUUUGGAUUGUCGCUGAGGGUAAUCGUACUAGUGGUUCGUAUUUUGGAGAAUUUGGAUGGUCAAGGCUAUUUUGCAUCUACAGUAUAUGUAUGGCCGCUGAAGGUCAAAAUUCCGAAAGCUUUACGCACGGAGUAUAGAUUAUAGUCUCACAUCAUUGUAUUCAUAAAGAAAUGAAUUUCGUACUAUUUCUCUGA